AUGGCUGACCGAUAUUCAUUCUCUUUGACUACAUUCUCUCCCAGUGGAAAGCUGGUGCAGAUUGAAUAUGCCCUGAACGCAGUCAACCAGGGUGUCACGGCACUCGGUAUCAAAGCUACCAACGGCAUUGUGCUCGCGACCGAGAAGAAGUCCUCAUCGCCUCUGAUUGAUCCUCCCUCCUUGUCCAAGAUCUCCCUCAUCACACCUGAUAUCGGCAUGGUCUACGCCGGCAUGGGCCCCGACUACCGUGUAUUGGUAGACAAGGCCCGCAAGGUCUCGCACACAAACUACAAGCGCAUCUACAACGAAUACCCGCCCACCCGGAUUUUGGUGCAGGACGUCGCCCGGGUAGUUCAAGAAGCUACGCAAUCUGGAGGUGUGCGGCCGUACGGUGUCAGUCUGCUUGUUGCGGGCUGGGAUGAGGGCAUUGAGCCCGAGUCAGAGGAAGCUAAGAAGGAACACCCUGAGGAGAAGACCUCGACUCAGACUGGCGGUAUCCAGAAGGGUGGCCCUAGUCUGUACCAGGUCGACCCCAGUGGCAGUUACUACCCGUGGAAGGCGACAGCGAUUGGCAAACACGCGACGAGCGCCAAGACUUUCCUUGAAAAGCGAUACACUGAAGGGCUAGAACUGGAGGAUGCGAUCCACAUUGCACUCUUGACGCUCAAGGAAACGAUUGAGGGCGAGAUGAAUGGUGACACAAUAGAAAUUGGUAUUGUUGGUCCGCCAGCAGACCAUCUUCUGGGCUUUGAAGGAGUGGAGGGUGCCAAGGGACCUCGGUUCCGCAAGUUGACCAAGGAGCAGAUUGAGGACUACCUGACCAAUCUAUGA